CCAGAUAAGGAGGAACGCGCCUGCGCACGGCUCCCCGAGGUUGUCACCACGCAUGUGCAGACGCGACUUGGAGCGUCGGUCUCGCGCCGGAUGCGCCUGCGUAGAAGCGAGGCGCGCCGGGCGGCUGGAGCGGUUUCCUCGCAGGCGGCGCCAUUUUGUGCUAGAAGCCGAGAUAAAACCGGCCUGGUUCUGUGUGAAGGGGGCGACGGAACCGGGGUCCCUGGAAUGGCGGAGACUCUGUCAGGUUUAGGGGAUUCCGGUGCGGCGAGCGCAACGGCUCUGAGCUCCGCCUCGUCGGAGACCGGGACGCGGCGCCUCAGCGACCUGCGGGUGAUCGACCUGCGGGCGGAACUGAGGAAACGGAAUCUGGAUUCCAGUGGUAACAAGAGUGUUUUGAUGGAGCGGCUGAAAAAGGCAAUUGAAGAUGAAGGUGGUAACCCUGAUGAAAUUGAAGUUACAUCUGAAGGAAACAAGAAAACAUCCAAGAGAUCCAGCAAAGGGCGGAAACCCGAAGACGAGGGUGUGGAGGAUAACGGGCUGGAGGAGAAUUCUGGGGAUGGACAGGAGGAUGUUGAGACCAGUUUGGAGAACUUGCAGGACAUCGACAUGAUGGAUAUCAGUGUGUUGGAUGAAGCAGAAAUUGAUAAUGGAAGCGUUGCUGACUGUGUGGAGGAGGAGGAUGCUGACAACCUUCCAGAGUCCCUGUCUGACAGUAGAGAGCUAGUUGAGGGUGAAAUGAAAGACCUUCCGGAUCAGCUUCAAGAACAUGCUGUAGAUGAUAAAGAAACUAUAAACAAUUUAGAUACUUCAUCAUCUGACUUCACUAUAUUACAGGAGAUUGAAGAGCCAUCUCUGGAGCCAGAAAAUGAGAAAAUACUCGACAUUUUGGGGGAAACUUGUAAAUCUGAGCCAGUAAAAGAAGAAGGUUCCGAGCUGGAGCAGCCAUUUGCACAGGAUACAAGUAGCGUGGGGCCAGACAGGAAGCUGGCGGAGGAAGAGGACCUUUUUGGCAGCGCCCACCCGGAAGAGGAAGAGGAGGAAGAGCAGGAGGAAGAGGAGGAAGAGGAAGAGGAGGAGGAGGAGGGAGAUUUAGAUUUGGCCAGCGAGUCAACACGCGCUCAGUGGAGCGAGGCAGACACCCUGUUAGCGGUAGUGAAAAGGGAGCCCGUGGAGCAGACAGGCGAAGGCGCGAGGACGGACUGUGAGCCUGUAGGGCUAGAGAAGCCAGUUGAGCAGAGUAGCGCGGCCUCCGAGCUGCCGGAGGCCUCUAGCCAGGAGCUGGCGGAAGCGCCCACGGAAGCCCCGAGCCCGGAGCCCCGAGAUAGCAAGGAAGACGUGAAGAAGUUUGAGUUUGACGCUUGUAAUGAAGUCCCUCCGGCUCCUAAAGAGUCCUCAACCAGUGAGGGCGCUGAUCAGAAAAUGAGUUCUGUUGAAGAUGGCUCGGACUGUAAAAGGCUUUCCCGAGAGGAAAAGGGUCGUAGCAGUUGUAGUAGAAAUUUCUGGGUUAGUGGACUUUCUUCUACGACCAGAGCUACAGAUUUGAAGACUCUUUUCAGCAAGUAUGGAAAGGUGGUGGGGGCCAAGGUUGUGACAAAUGCCCGGAGUCCUGGAGCUCGCUGUUAUGGCUUUGUCACCAUGUCCACAGCGGAAGAAGCAACGAAAUGUAUCAACCACCUGCACAAGACGGAGCUGCAUGGGAAGAUGAUCUCUGUGGAGAAAGCGAAAAACGAGCCGGCCAGCAAGAAAACCUCUGACAAGAGGGACAGCGAGGGCAAGAAGGAGAAGUCAGGCACUAGUGACAGAUCUUCGAACCUCAAGAGGGACGAUAAAUCUGACAGAAAAGACGAUGGCAAAAAGGGUGAAGAUGGAGGUGGAGAAAAGAGUAAAGACCCAGAUGAGAAACCGGGCUCCUCGGAGCGAUCCCGAGCCACAAAAUCAGGAAGCCGAGGCACUGAGCGGAUUGUGGUAAUGGAUAAAUCGAAGGGUGUGCCUGUUAUCAGUGUGAAGACGUCUGGAUCCAAAGAAAGAGCCUCCAAAAGCCAGGAUCGCAAAUCAGCCAGCAGAGAGAAGCGGUCUGUUGUGUCCUUUGAUAAAGUCAAAGAGCCUCGGAAGUCGAGAGACUCAGAGUCCCGUAGGUCCCGCUCGCUGCCGCUCCCUGCACACAAUGGCUGCCUCGUGCCGCGACAGAGGCAGCCGAUGGACGAAACGUCCUGUCCUGUCCCUUGCAGGAGGGACGAUGCCUACUGGCCCGAGGCCAAGCGGGCCGCUCUGGACGAGCGCUACCACUCGGACUUCAGCCGCCAGGACCGCUUCCACGACUUCGACCACAGGGACCGGGGCCGCUACCCCAACCACUCCGUGGACAGGAGAGAAGGUUCGCGGUCAAUGAUGGGAGAACGCGAAGGGCAGCAUUACCCCGAGCGCCACGGAGGACCAGAGCGCCAUAGCCGGGACUCGCGCGACAGCUGGGGCUACGGCUCGGACAAGAGGAUGAGCGAAGGUCGGGGGCUGCCCCCGCCCCCAAGGGACAGGCGUGACUGGGGGGAACACGGCCGAAGACUGGAGGACGACCGGGCGUGGCAGGGCACUGCGGACGGGGGCAUGAUGGACCGGGACCACAAGAGGUGGCAGGUAUGUUCUGUUAGGAGUUCUCUUAAACCGUGUACAAAUAAUUUUUUUUAUCUGCUGCCAUAUUGUAGGGGCCACGUGAUCCCGCGCGGAGGGAUGCAGGGCGGCUUCCGGGGACAGAGCCGGGGCAGCAGGCCCAGCGACGCCCGCUUCACUCGGCGCUACUGAGUACUUCGGAUCCUUUGUCCUGUCCUGUGACCACAGU